GUUAGUCCCAAAAGAGUAGCGCUAGUUAGCCAUUCUCUGACAUGACUGGCCCGUUUACAGCCACCAAGCCCCUGAACAUCUCUGCAGGAAGAAUGCAAAUACAGCGACUUACCGAGGUGAUAGCUAUCUGUUAUUGAAGUUUCCCAUCUGUCUGUGGUCUUUUCUUCGAGUACAAAAUGUUGUUCGUCUUUUCGCUCCUUGUGCUUCCAGCAUUGGCCCAACGACCUAGUGAUGCCUCACUUUGUGAUUACUACGCAAUCCAACAAUUUGGAGUCAAUACGACGACUACACAAUUCAACUUAGUUCAAAGUAUCCUCGCCCUCGCGUUUGCUGGCCCAUCGGGACUUUCCAAAGUCUCAUCUGAUAUUACGGGCAUCUUCAAUCCAGGAACAUAUCAAUCCACCAAUGUGGAUCUCGGACCAUGGUUCAAUGGAAGUAUCGACUCUACCAAUGUGAACGGCCAAGCUUCUUCCGUGAAUUGGAUUGAUGGAGGCUGGAAAGCUCCAUUGACGGCAUUCCUUGCUGGCAAGACGUCCAGUAUCUCGCUAAUUCAUAGUAGUGAAUUCUUCACCCAUCAGUUCUCAGCCUUCAACAACCUCAUCGGUUGCAGCGAGCCUGCCCCGGUGCCUCCUCAAAUAACUCGAAACCUUGCAUACGUUCACAAGUUCAUGGACCUCAACCACACUGAGAUUGGCCACUUCAUCAAUCAGAUCACGCUCUCAGCCGCAUACUUUGGGUUUGCAGAAGAAGACAGCGAUGAGCUAAACACGCAAAUGAACGCAGUAUUCAACGUUCGCUGCUCACCGGCUGUUGGGACUCAACUGUACAGCCUGUGCCAAGACGAAACUUGUCCGCUUGCUCCAAAUCCCAAUUGCGCUGUCUAUGCGGAUCUGGGACCAAGUGGAAUUAUUUCUGCAGCGCCGACUGCGACAGCCGCACAGUUUACACCAACCAUUGUCGUUACUACCGUUACGCCUUCCAGCACCUCAAAACCUACAGUCUCC